CUGUGCGCCGGCGCGUCCCAAAGAUUCCGCUCGCUGCCCCAGCGAGAUUGCCGGCCGCGAGAGCGAGUCAUGCUGCCGCCGUCGCGCCACGAGCGCUGGGCUAUCAGUUCAUGCGCCGGCCGCUGCGCACAGGCCUCAUCGGGCAGGACCCCCGCAAGACCUCCACGCAACGUGCCGGCGUGCAUGCGUUCUGGGGUAGCCCGCGCGCCGACGAGAGUUCCGCCGAGGCACCGCGGCGCCGCCCCCCUGAGCGUGUGCGCUGGGGCAAUGCCGCCGGCCGACGCCAUAUCAGCGUCGAAUGAGCACUCAGGCGGGCCGCCUCGCAGAUCUGCUGGAAGAGCGCACGGAGCGGUGGCCGCAGGGUACAUAAGGCGCAGUACUGGCACUCCUGCCCUGCUCCCGCCCACCACCUCUGCCGCAACGCUCUGCACUGCCCACCGUCGCACCUCACACCGUCACCUCACACCGCUUCGCACCAGCGCACACGCCACCCACCAUGCUCGCGCACAUCCGCACUUUCACCACCCGCGCCGCGCUGCGUGCGCCGCCGCUCAGCGCCCCCGCCGCGCCGGCCGCCGACGAGGCCGAGCUGCUGCUGCAGACGGGCGCAGCCGUCAAGGCCGGCUGCCAGACGCGUGUCGCCCGCAUGGGCGCCUAGGCCCGACGCACGCAGGCCACACGCUUGCAGUCGCCGUCGAGCAGCCGCUGUUGUCGCCAUCAAGUCCUCGCACCGCCGUCGUCGCCCAUCGUCGGCCGUCGUGCCGCCUCGCUGUCAACAUCGCAGCCAUCAAGCACCGCCAUCCAUAGACGCAUAUCUCCUCCCUUCAUUCACAUACCUUCGUCACCACCCUUGACCGCCACAUAGAUGCCCUUGCCAAUGUCACAUCGCUUCGCCAGACGCGCACCGCUUCGCCGUCGGC